UCAGUGACAUUGAAAUAGAAAUUGAUUUAACUGACAAGCUCCAAGGGGUAUUCUACUCAGAGCUCAAAGUCGAGAUCCCAAGGUUGUUUGAACUCUUUCAUCUCGACUAUCGAGGUGGAGUAACGAAAUCGAAUAAGCUGACGGCCCUUAAAGCGGAGUGCGAUUCGGAGAUCAAAGCCAGGAUACCAAGGAUCGUCGAACUAAUCGGUACCACACGUGGUGUUACUGGGUCAGUGGCAGCACGAACCAUAAAAUACCUUGCGAAUCAAGGGAAAUUUCUCACAGAGAUCAAAGCUGGGAUACCAAGGAUUGUUGAAUCGGUCACUGAGACCACUAACCAUACGAGGGAAGCCAGGGAACUGAUGGAUCACCUUAUAAAACAGGCCAGGAUACCACACAUCAUCGAACUACUCGCUAGCACUCCUAAUCCGGUUGGAUCUAACGCACUAGAUGUCAUAGGGGACCUGUCAACGCAGGCGGCAUUUCACGGAGAGAUCAGGGCCGGGAUACCAACGAUCGUCAAACUACUGGUCGACAGCAAGUGGGGUCCAAGUCCUGUAGUAGUAGCGAUAGCGGGAUUCCACUCGGAGAUCAAAGUCGGGAUACCAAGGAUACUCGAAAUAUUCUCUGAUCUCCCUUAUUGGGCUCAAUAUAGCGCAAUCACGGCAAUAGCUUCCAAAGCCGAAUUUCACAUGAGUAUCAAAGUUCACAUACCAAAAAUCCUCGAUUUAUUCGUCAGAAUGGAUCCUUGGGAUCAGAGAGAAGCGGCAAAAGCGAUAAGCAACCUUGCGACACAAGUUAAAUUUGAGGCCAAAGAUGCAAUAAUAAAGGUCGUCGAGCUACUCGCGGAUGGUUCUCAAGAUGUUCGGAAUACUGCGAUAAAGGCGUUGGGUAACUUUGCGAUACAAGAAGGAUUCCGGCAUGAUAUUCAGUCUAUUGUCCCACAUAUAAUGGAACGACUCCUUAACAGAGCUGCGGAUACUCGGGGCGCCGCAUUGGAGGCCAUCCAAA